UCCUGUUGGCAGCAGAGAGCAGUGAAAACAAGCUUUAGAAAGCAGCCGCCAGGGCAGAAAGAGCUCCUGGGCGAUUCACGCGGCUUUCCCAGGCCGGCUCUGAGCCUCUCGAACGGAAAAGCGGGAGAGGCCACCGCUCCCGAGCCCGGCGUCCAGGAGCUCACCUUCUGCCCAGCGCGUAGAGAACGCGCAGCGCACCCACGCCCGGCCUCCGCGCUCUCGGGCUCGGCUGACCCCGGGGCGGCUGAUCGUGAUGCACGCACACGCUCCCCGCCGGGUGGUCCGGGGGCCUCGGAGCACCUGGCUGCUGGGUGGCCUCUGGGUCUGGGCGCUGUGCGGCCUGUGCGGCCUGGGGACAGCAGGCUCACCGGGGACCCCGCAGCCUUGCCAGGCGCCCCAGCAGUGGGAGGGACGCCAGGUUCUGUACCAGCAGAGCAGCGGGCACAACAGCCGCGCCCUGCUGUCCUACGAUGGGCUCAACCAGCGCGUGCGGGUGCUGGACGAGAGGAAGGCGCUGAUCCCCUGCAAGAGAUUAUUUGAAUACAUUUUGCUCUAUAAGGAUGGAGUGAUGUUUCAGAUUGAACAAGCCACCAAACAGUGUGCAAAGAUCUCCUUGACAGAACCCUGGGACCCUCUCGACAUUCCCCAGAAUUCUACCUUUGAAGAUCAGUACUCCAUUGGGGGGCCACAGGAGCAGAUCACAGUCCAGGAGUGGUCUGACAGAAAGACAGCCAGAUCCUAUGAAACCUGGAUCGGCGUUUACACAGCCAAGGAUUGUUACCCAGUCCAGGAGACUUUCAUUAGGAAUUACACUGUGGUCCUGUCCACUCGGUUUUUUGAUGUGCAGCUAGGAAUUAAGGACCCCUCUGUGUUCAUCCCACCGAGUACAUGCCAGACAGCACAACCAGAGAAGAUGAGGGAGGACUGCUCUUGGUGAACUUGCUGGGACAGAAGCGACCACCUCGAACCUUAGUGAGUCUGUCUGGAAAUGGAUUAGAGACUGGUUUGGAUGCAACUCUUCAAUGGAAAUAGAUCACUUUAGGAGAAUAAACACAGAUGUGGGGUUUCUUGUACAUCUGAUGCCAAUUGCUCAACUCCAUUUUCAGUGGAGAACUCGUGUUAGCCUCAGCUGCCUGACAACGACACUUUGCACACUUCUAAUGCCAUCUGGGGCCACCCUUUCUCUGUGCAGUGUGUAGUCCAUGCAGUAGAGAAGGAAGGGAUGAGAGUGGGUACAAGGAGUUUGCCUCUGCAGGGAUGAAUGCUUUAUUACUGCCACGAAGAACUGAAGGUGAUAAUAAAGUAUAGAAUGAUUUAGUUCAAUUCUCUCCUUAUAAAGGAAGUCCCUUGCUUGCACCAGGAUAGCAACAGUUCCCGCUGACCCCACCCCUACCUCUGGCUACUGAAAAAAUGAUCCUUUAAGAUUCCUUCCAGACUUGAAUUCUGUGGCAUGACCCAAUGAAUGUAGAUGCUCUGCAUGGAAGCAGAAGUUUAUAAUAGGGAGUAAUGAUUGCUCUGAAAGGAAAAGCAAGCUUUAAGCAGGAGGCUUGGGCAAUCUUAUUAUUCCCAUGUGAGAUGAAGUGAGAGCCAGGUGUGCUGCUUUGCUAGAGUACUGAUUAGUGAGGUGAACCUUCAUAUAUUUUCUAGUGAGCAGACAGGCCCCUAAAACAGCACUGAGCUGGGAGGCCCCCGAAGUCGGGACUAGAAUUCUCUUUUACGCUUAACUCCUUUAAGUAUUAAAUGCACUAUGCCUGCUCUUGCCUUGACUCUGUUGGAACUCCAUUUCACUAAAGCUGUGUCAGUAUGACCUCUGCUCAUGCUUCUAAGGUCAGCUCACAUGUGACCUGUACAAGCUCCUCCCACACCUGCAUUCAUUGCACCUUGCAGUUUGGCAUGCCUUGUUCACAAUACUCAUUAUGCUAUGUGAGGAUUUCCUGAUCACUGGAAACCGCUCUCCACUAUCCUGGCUAAGAGCUCCUUGAGUACGGGUACCAUGUUCUUUCUGUUUACUUUAAUAUCUCCAGCACCAAGCAAGUGCCUGGCACGUAGUCAGUGCCCUCAGCGUUUGUAGAGGAGCUCACCAACUGUUGGUGUUCAGUUUCCUCAUCUGUUAAUCAGGGUUGGGUUCUCUGAUUGCUAGGAAGACUUACUAUUCGAGAUUCUUCUAUAACUGUGCUUCAUUUGGCCAUGUAUCAUCUUUAGUUAUCAAGAGACAUGUGUGAUGCUUGCUUUAUGCUGAAAACAAUCUACAUUGUAAUUUAUUAUACACUUAAACAAGUUUAAUGACAUCUAACAAAUUGUUCUUUCAUGUGUUUGUUUCUGUAAUAAAUAUGGAUGAACUCAAUUAUAAGGAAGUGAAAACUCUUCUGUAAUUAGUAAGUAAAAUACUUCCCAUAAUAAAAACCAGAUUGGUUAUCCUCUCUUCA